CCUUUCAUGGGGGUGUGACGCUGUCCUCAAAGCAGAAGGGGACAAGAGGCUGCCUGGCCUCUCCAGCAAGCAGAGACAUUCCCGGCAGAGCUGAGGCUGCAGGCUUGGCUCCCCAUCCUGCCGAGGGGCCACCGGUCCCAGUGCCUGUCUCAUCUGCCCCUCCAACCAAGCCGAAAUCUUCAGCUUGAUCGGGAGAAGCCAAGUGACGUUGGUUGGCCUUGGUGUGCUGGGACGAGCGGAGCCCAAGCCGGGACCAGGAGGAAGCUGUGCAGGACGCGAGUGGUGUGGCCACAUCUGUGCUGCUGUGGGAGGGUGGCAGGAUGGCUCGGAGGAUGAGCAUCAACGAGCUGGAGGACCAGCUACUCUGUCCCAUCUGCUUGGAGGUCUUCAAGGAGCCCCUGAUGCUGCAGUGUGGGCAUUCGUACUGCAAGUCCUGUGUGGUGUCACUCUCUGAAGAGCUGGAUGGGCAGUUUCUCUGCCCCGUGUGCCGCCAAACUGUGGACUGCAGUGCCUCGCCGCCCAACGUCACGCUGGCCCGUGUCAUUGAGGCGCUGCAGAACCGGGGCGAGGCAGAGCCCACCCCGGAGUCCUGCCCAGCGCACCACAACCCCCUCAGCCUCUUCUGCGAGGCUGAUCAAGAGGUGAUCUGCGGGCUGUGUGGCACCAUCGGCAACCACCGCCAGCACAAGAUCACCCCCAUCUCUACCACGUACUGCCGGAUGAAGGAGGAGCUGUCUGUGCUGCUGACCGAUGUCCACCAGUACAAGAGGAACCUGGAUGAACACUUCAGCAAGCUCAUCAACAACAAAAGCCGCAUCGCAAACGAGGCAGAUGUCUUCAAGUGGGUGAUCCGGAAGGAGUUCCAGGAGCUGCACAGGUACAUCGAUGAGGAGAAGGCCAGCUUCCUGGAGAGCAUUGAGGGGAAGGCAGCCCAGCUCAUCACCUCCAUUGAGUCCCAGGUCAAGCAGACAUCAGAUGCCCUGCAGAGGCUCAAGGAGAUGCAGAGCUCCCUGGAGGUACUCAGCAAUGAAAGCCAGCUUGAUUUCAUCCGGAAAUACAGCUCCUCCCAGUUCAGGUCAGAGCUCCCCAGCCUGCACCCUGGCGAUGGCAUCUUUAGCCCCGUGUCCUUCAAGCCGUGUUUCCACCAAGACGACAUCAAGAUGACUGUGUGGAAGCGCCUGCACCGCCGCGUUCUGCCAGCUCCAGAGACGCUGAAACUGGACCCGGUGACAGCGCAUCCCCUCUUGGAGCUCUUCAAGGGCGACACGGUGGUGCAGUGUGGGCUCUACCAGCGCCGGGACAGCAACCCCAAGCGUUUUGACUCCAGCAACUGCAUCCUCACCUGCAAGGGCUUCUCCUGCGGCCAGCACUACUGGGAGGUGAUCGUGGGCACCAGGAACCACUGGCGCAUGGGCAUCAUUAAGGGCACGGUCAGCCGCAAAGGGAAGCUCAGCAAAUCUCCCGAGAACGGCGUGUGGCUCAUUGGCCUGAAGGAGGGGAAGGUGUAUGAGGCCUUCAGCAGCCCGCGGGCCACUCUGCCUCUGACCACCCGUCCCCAGCGCAUUGGCAUCUACCUGCACUACGAGAAGGGCGAGCUGACCUUCUACAAUGCCGACAACCCCGACGAGCUUAGCCCCAUCUACACCUUCCAAGCGGAGUUCCAGGGCCAGCUCUACCCCAUCAUGGAUCUGUGCUGGCCAGAGCGAGGGCCCUACUCACCCCCCAUCAUCCUGCCCGCACCCGCUGUGAGCCGGCACCCCCAGGUGCCCUACAACCAUCCCGCCCCAGAAGAACCCACGAAGCUAUAGCCUGGGCAGUGGGAUGAGGCUGUGGGUGGAGAGGGCUGCAGCUGAGUCCCGGGGGCUGCAGCAGAGGAGUCAGGCUGUGUGCAGGGUUGUCCUGAGCUGGAAGCUGUGGUACUUCAGCAGCACAGGAGGGUCCUUCCCCUCUCCUCUAAGAACAUAAAAUGUCAGCCUUGACCUCUGAAUCCCCAUCCCCAAUCUGGCAGGCUGACCCAAACGCCUAAAACAUGGCUGGCCUGUGAAAGAUCUCUCUGUGGAAAGGUGGGCCGGCCUGAAAAGCAUGAGCUGUGAACGUCCAGGGUCUUUAUUGGCAUGUCUUCUGAAUAAAUAGUUGGUGUUAGGUGAGUUGGCCGCUGGCUAACACGGGUACCGUCUC